GCAGACGAGUAGCAGACGACGCCGAGAGAGUGAGAGUCCCGCUUUGCCGUAACGAUCGCCGUCGUGCCCUGCCACCUGCCCUAUCUGCAGCACUGCGUAUUAGCUUCUAGCCCGUCCGGCUUCUCGGCAGCGCCGAGAAUCGUACUCCCGUGUGUGCUCGUCGUGCAGCGAUUUCCGGGCCCGCCCCUGUUGUACGCCUUCGCCGCAGGUGCGCUCGCGUCGUCGUUGUUGCGGCUGAAACCGGCGCUUUACUAACGCCGUUCGCCUCCGACACGCGCUCCAGAGUGCCGGCUCCGCUGCCUCGUGCUUGUACGGUGCCGUAGUUACACGCUAGUUCCCCGAUCGGAUCCUCUACCGACUUCCGGCUUCUGCUGACUUCCGCCCGAAAGUUGUCCACGAUGAAUGCUCUCAGGAGAUCUGCACUUCUGUUGCUGCUGGUUUGUGCCGUCUGGAUGGACCACUCGGGUAUCGUCUUGGCCCAGGGUGAAGAUUCACUAGUAACACCCGUCGCAGCAGCAGCACCAUCAACAGCAGAUGCCCACGAUGCUGGGGUGACGGGCUUGACGUCGACAGGCGAGACGCAUCCUGCGGCCACGGAACCCACGGCCAAUGCUGCGACGGAGGUCACAACCACUACUUCGACGGAAGCCCCCACCACGAUGGCUCCCACCACAACGACGACCACCACCACGACGGCGGCUCCGGCACCGACUGCCGAGCUCGACUGCCUCGCCUUCGACCCCUUCCACAACGGAAGCUACCACCGCAAAGACACCCGUGCCAGGGGCCCACAACCAGGUGGCCGAGAACACCACGACCGCCGCGCCGACUACCACCACGGCCAAGCCAAGCGGUGCCAGCAUGGGUGCGGCUUUGUCCGUGGCAACGCUGGUGUUCGGGCUCUGCCUGGUUCAUCUGUAGUUCGAAGGACAGAAGAGGCGCUCGCCCGUUGCUGCUGGAGGCGGUAUGCAUCCUAGGCCGUCAACUCACUCCUGGUGGCGAUUGUCUCCGGCCAUCCAGCAGCAAGGGUCGAGAUCCUUGGGGAAAUCCGCCUUGGUCCACGGGGCGGACCAGAGCGCGCAGCACAGGAAAACGGGACCAAACAUCACGUGCAAGAACGGGGGGGUAUCAAGAAAUGGUGUAACGACGGAGAGUACGGUGCUUCGACACGACGAAUCACCGUGCCCAACCAUCAUAAGCACGUGUCUGCACCACUUAGCGUGGUGACGAAGAUGUAUUACACAUCACCGGGACCAAGUUUGGACUCUUGAGUGGCGCUUGUCGGCAUCGGCCCACGGCCACAGGCGUCAUUUAGUUCACAUUUUGUCCGAAACGUGGCUUUGCGUGCCAUUUCAUUUCUUUGCAUUUUUUUUUUCGUUGUGCACACGUCGAGUAUUUCAAGAUUGAAAAAAGAAAAGAAAGCUGCAUCGAAAUCGCGUCUGCUCAGAGGGUAGAGCUUGUCGCUGUCACUACUAAUCAGCACCUUGCUUCUUCAGCUGUUACCUCAGUUUCUUGGCGACAGGUAUGGUGCGGUUGUUAACGUCGUAUCGUACGAUCGCUGACAUCACUGGUGAUUCCGUCCAACGAACGUGUGAUACGGCCAGUAGUGACCUGUCCGCUGUCCGUGCCGGGCGAACUAGAAAGAGAGAGAACGGUUUGUUCAGCCGUAUUGAAAAGUGCGCCAAGAAACCGUCCACGCUUACCCUACCUUAACUUUCAGCAUUCAUAAACUCUGUUUGCAGAGCAAAAUGAGCCUAUUCUAGCUGAAAUUCGGCAUGUGCAGGUUUUUAGCUUCCCAAUUUUUGGCAAUAGCUCUCGCAGAAAUAGAGGUGCAGGUGGCAAAGUGUCGCCAAAUUCCCGAUUCUUGCUUUUUGUGGCCGAACUGUUACGGGGAACGUGCUAUCUGUUAUUAACAUCUUGAACGAUAUACUAAAAAGGAUAUAUAUAUAUAUAUAUAUAUAUAUAUAUAUAUAUAUACCGAGAAGAAACUGGCGCUCUUUGGCCAUUAUUGGCCCUUGCGCCAUUAAACCCCAUAUAUCAUCAUCACGAGAAGAAAGCAAACUGAGGGGCCCGAUUUUAGUUGUCUGAUUCUCCGAUGCUUAAGCGAAACACAUCCAAAUAAGCUUUCCGCUGGAGCAAUACUUAUCUUCCAACUUCCUGGAUCGAAUGUAAAAAAGAAGACAGCAUGGAACUAUUUCUGAGGCGAAAGCAGGAAAUUCUUGGCUAAAAACAACUCUGCAGUACGUUGUACUUUCUCGGCCUAAUUAACUAUCAGCUACCCUUUUAUGUUUGAUACUUCACAUUGCGACAGGUUGUUGGAUUGUAGCUUUCACGAUGACACGAAGCUUCUUGUAACCAUGCAAGUUGUUUUUGUUCAAGCCAUUUUGCAACACGGCCGAGGGCGUUGGCAUCAGGCGGGCCAGUAGUGAAAGUUAACGAAAUUCUUCAGCUUUCGUGCCACGUUCUAUAGCCGAAGAGAAUUUAGCUCUCUUUAAAAUGAGAGAUUCGGUGCAUAUCUCUACUGGAGUGUAAAGGCAAUUUAUGCCUCCGGCUUCGGGCUACCUUUACUUCCUAGCGAGUACUCUCACAUCACAAUCUACUCGGGCACUUACAAUUAAAAGCAUAUCAAGCAUUAAAGUGCUUUAGAUAUUUUGCACGAAAAUACUUAUACUCUGUAUGGAAUCACACAAGAAAUUAAACGAUAAACAUUAGGACAGACUUGCGUCUACGUUCGAGAAAUUGCCGAUAACAAUGCGCGAUUACUUAGAUCAAGCCUUGUGCAGGAAAUUUUGGUGACGCGUAGGUGAGGUAACCUGCAUGUUCACUGACUUAACGCUUAGUUUGCCUCAGUCUACCUGAAUAAAGGCGUUUCUACCUACUACGUCACGAUUACUUCACCUUCAGAAGAGAAUGGCCGCUUGUACAAAAUGAUACUUUGCUUUAAUGUGGCUAUCCCCCCUUACGUCAUGUUAUAUUCAUAUUUCAGCCAAACCAAUUCUUACUGGGCGGAUGUCGAUUAGAAUGUGGGCCCCUCUGAAAAAUUUUGAGACCUUCGAGCUUGGCACCUGGCCCUUCUUUGUCACGGAAUGGACGGUGCCUGUUUUCUAGUUACAAAGGUGUAGGCCUAAAUUUAUUUAUUGAAAUUUUGGUAUGUCAUAAGCCACGCCGCUGAUUAAAUAUCUACGCUAUUCCUGGGCCGCUUGCACUCUAUAAACAUUAGAUACAGUGGAGGUGACAAAAUAUGGGUGGUGUAAGUCAUGCUAACACUACACAUUUAUUGUUGCCACAACGGUGUUGUACCUGUGCUGUAAGAUGCGCAACAUUGGAAAGUUUCGCUAAUAAUGUCAAUUCAAUUACCGUAUCGAGCCGAGAUGGAUUGCGGUUUUCUUUCUAUUAUACUUUGUUUUUUUGCUAGUCAAAUGCAAUACACCUGAUGCUGGCACGUUUGAAUCUUUGGUUGCGGUUUCUCGUUGACUGUUCGUCUUUCAUGUUAGCAAAGAGCCGUUUGUCGUUCUUGCUGGCUCUGCCGAUGUGUUGCUGGGGAAUUGGAGCAACGUGGACAGUGUACAUAUGUAGCGACAAAGAAAAUUGCACGUUCAAGAGCACGCCUAUACCACGAAUGAACCACUCGCCUCACGCUUAUUGUGCCUUCGUUUGUCAUUUAUUGCUUUAUUAUAAGCCCCGAGAGACGAAGGAACGCAGAAGAAACGCAGAAGGAAUUAUUUUCACCGGAAUAAGAUAUAAUGGUAAAUGUAAAAAAAAAAAUGCUUUCCUAGCCAACAGAGAAGCUCCACGCCUAUGCAAGAUCGCAUUCUACCACAAAUAUUCAAUAUUUCUGGCCUUAAAAGUGUGUAUGUUCUACCAACAUAAACAAUGAAUACACAUUAUAUUAUGAGGCACCGAAGCAUGCAUCACUGCUACCUAAACGCUUGGCAAGUUUUAGUCGGAUGGCCGCAUUUGUUUAACUUAGCAGAUAUUUUUAAUAGGGUCCGUACUUACUACUGAAUGUGUUUCUACAAAGACGUCAGCGAAGUAACGUCUUAAAGUAUUUCUCUUUGUAUAGUAACUCCAUGCUCGCCGUUUUAAGCUUGUACACAAAUGGCUAUUUUUGAUCGGCGCUGCCUUGAGGUAAGCAAAGUGAGCAGGCAGUUAUUACUACAGUUCUUUUUUAGAAAUUUCGUGCACAGCGUCACACAGAGAGUCGGCCACAUUCAGGGGAAAUGCCUCAUUAAUAUUAGAGCCCUCCUAGCAGCUUAGAUUUCGCAUGAAAUCAAGCUGAUAAAUUGUCCUGACAAACAUAACCGCAUUAGUCGUCGCAUUAGUCGCAGUAUAAGGCUAUAUUGACACUGAGAUGCUUCCCCGCAAAGUGUACGACCCUGUACAACCAACGUUUCUAAAAAAAAAAGAAAACAGCAGCAGAUACACUUUACUUAGGUGCAAUACUAUUUGGUCAUCGGGUUGCCGUUUCUUUUACUGGUGUGUGUGCUUUUCUUUGUUUUAUUUUUAUUGUACAUGUGUAUAGGCGUCUCUUCGUAGUUUAUUUUCGUUCCUCUAUAUAGUGCCGUAUCGGAUUAUGCUUUUGGGUCAUGUGACCGCUGGGCUGUUCAUCUUGCGUGCUCCGUUAAAAAUGCACUUGCAUGUCGCACCUCCUAAACAGCAGCUGAUCUCGGUUAGGCUGCUGGAGAAAAACCUUCUCUCCUUGUUCUUUUUUUUUCUUGCCACUGCUGUCGGUUGUUAAGAUAAUAAAAUACAUUUACUCAAUU